GAAAACGAUCGAGACAAAAGAAUGAUAGAUCCCUCUCUAUCGAUUAUUACACAAGCUUUGACGUAAUUAUGACUAAAUUAACACCGCAAAAGGCAAUCAGAUACAUGAAAUUAUUAACCGCUAUAAACUGUACAGUUCCACUGCAAAAUUCUACGAGAUUUCAACUGAUGCGUUUUAAAGUUCAACGUUGUAUUGUGUGGAUACAUGCAGUGGUCACACUUGUGGCUAUGAUGUUUGCUUUUUUUUAUAAUAUUCAUAACUUUAGUUUACCAAGGCUAAUACAGAUAUGUUCCGUAGCGACAGCUAUUCUGCAAAUUCCUUGGCAAAUAUUGUGUUUUACGCAACAAUAUAAUCGAUUGCAAUAUUUGAUAUUGGAAAUGGAAGAUCAUUUCAUUCGCGCAGAAGGACAAGAAAGAGAAAUUUACCAACAUUACAUUGACAAAAAUAAAGUAUUAUAUGCUAUUUCUACUGGAUCAGUUCACGUUUCUGCAGUAUUAUUCUGGGUUCAACCGUUCGUAAAUUCCGAGGAACAACCCUUUCCUUUGGACGCAUUAUAUCCUUUCAACGUAUACUAUCAACCAAUGCAUACUAUUAUCUUUCUAAGUCAAUGCAUUGCUAUUUAUCAAGUCGCGGCGACUGUUUGUCACAAUUGUCUUUUCGGUCUUCUUGUAUGGUUUACCAUUGCGCGUUUUGAAAUAUUGUCAAAUAACUUUCGAAACGCCACCAACAUUCGUGAUAUCAUCACCUGUAUAUUGGAACACUUAAAACUGAUAAGAUAUACUCAAGAUGUCAUAGCAUCCAUGAGUACAGCAAUAUUAAUAGUAAUGAUCAUUUGUUCGUUGUCGAUUAUAGUUGGUGGUUUAGUAAUUAUUGGAGACGCCGAAAUAGCAGACAAAAUCAAUUUCGCAGUCAUGUUUAUUGCUGGACUUUUUCAAGUUUAUAUGUAUGUUUUGCCAUCCGAUCACUUGAUAAGCGCAACUACAAAUAUUGCAAAUGCAGUAUAUAACUCGGAUUGGUUUAAUCAAGAACUAGCUUUUCAAAGUAAUGUGUUGUAUGUCUUGUUCAGAAGCCAAACACCGUUAACCAUCCAAGUUUCUUCUAUGAUACCAGCUUUAUCAUUAAAUUACUUUUCAUCGUAUGUAUCAUCAGCUUUCUCUUAUUUAAUGUCACUGCGAGUAUUAUUCCUAGAAUGAUGAAACUAAAAUUUAAAAAUAUUAAAUUUACAUGGAUUGCUCUAAAUAUUACAGAGAAAUCACUAUAUUUUUCGGUAGAAAUUAUUUUAGCGUGUUAUUAGCAAAAAAGCAAAAAUUUACAUCUAUGUUAGUAAAUGCUAAUUUUUAAAAUAUGUGUCUCAGAAAUAAAAAAAACUUCAUACAUA